AUGCUGGCGUUCAUCCUAGCCUACGCAUACGUUACAUAUGCAGCGCAACCAACAUCGCUCGAUGAAAAAGUGAAAGCAUUGCAAGACCUGCUGUACCGGCAACCUGUGGUCAGACUUAACAUGGAUCGCUGGAAAACCUUCGUAAGACAACAACCUCGAAACUACAGCAUGUUUGUAAUGUUUACUGCUUUGUCGCCAGGAGUGAACUGCCCUAUUUGCAAACCUGCCUAUGACGAGUUCAUGAUCAUGGCAAACUCUUAUCGUUAUGCGCACGCUGAACUCAAGCAGGUGUACUUUGGAAUUGUUGAUUACGAGGAGGCUCCCCAGAUUUUCCAAGCGAUGAAUCUGAAUACGGCUCCUAUUUUGUACCACUUUGGGCCAAAGCUUCAAGGAAAGAAGAAGCCUGAUCAGAUGGACUUCCAGCGCCACGGAUUCGAUGCUGAUGCAAUGGCACGCUUUGUAGCGGAUCAAACCGAUGUUCAGAUUCGCAUUCUUCGCCCUCCAAACUACGCUGCUCCGGUAGUUAUCGUGCUGCUUUUGGCUCUUGUACUUGGCUUACUCUACAUGAAGCGGAACAACUUGGAGUUCCUUUACAACCGUACUAGUUGGGGUCUUGUUUGUUUGUGUAUCACAUUUGUUUUCCUCUCUGGCCAAAUGUGGAACCACAUUCGUGGUCCGCCCUUCAUUAUGAACAACCCACAAACCCGAGAAGCCAGCUUCAUUCAUGGUUCUACACAAUAUCAGCUUGUUGCUGAGACUUAUAUCGUCGGUGCCCUGUACGCCGCUAUCACAUUCGGGUUUAUUUUGUUGAACGAAGCUGCAAGUCCUACUGUAGAAGUCACCGAAAAGAAGAAAUCUUCAAUUUCAGUGCUAGCCUACAUUGGUCUGGGCCUUGUCGUGAUAUUUUUCUCACUUUUGCUG